AUGAAAGCAAAGGAGGCCCAGAAGGCAAGUCUCUUAAGGCAUUUCUUCCCAUUUAUCAACAGCAAUCCACCACCUAAAGCGACUGGCACUCGAGAUUCAUUCACUUCUGCUCUCAUCGCAGACCUCCAAAACUCGGACUUUGCUUCUCAUUUCUGGGAACGAUUUGUCGAUGAUUUAGCUCCUGAUGCUCUGUUCGUAUUUACUGCUUCAAAUGCCAAACAGGCAAAGGAAGCUUUGAAAGCUGCUUUAAACUCUUGCUUCAAGUGCUACUCCUGUUAUAAUCGUGCUAGGCGUGCCUUUGUCAACAAAUACACCACCUUGUUCGGUCAAGAGGACAUGGACAUAUUUGUCGAUCGCCUUAGACGCUGGUCGGCAAGCAAGCAUCUUGCUGCUCUUAUCACUGACUCAAUAUCAGAGGCAAUUGUACGUGAACUCGUGGCAUAUCCUGAUGUUCUUAUGUGGAAGGACUUGGAUCAGGCUUUGGUCAACAACAAACAGUGGCAACAACACGUCAAAUCACUAUCUCCAGGAGUCGUAGUAUUAGCCUUCCAUUCAAAUAUCCAGCUGCGAGAUUGGGCCGUCAGUAUUGUCAAGGAGGGUGGCUCUAUAGACUCUGAAGGUCUCAAUACUACUUGUAGAGAAUUGUGUAGUGUAAUGCAAUCAUUCGCCACACAGUCUGGAUACAAUAUCACCCAUAGUCACAAGGAACUCGCUGAAUCUCUAGGAACUGUACUAUCUGUCACUUCGCUGUCCAAGCUGGUUUUUGACGGCACACAAAAAGCAAAGACUUUCCAAACUGUAUUGGCAAAUCUGCUAAAGUCAUUUAUAGAAUCACGUGAACGCGCCAAGUCGUGCUUGCCUGGUUUGCAACACGUAUUGGUCGAUAUGUUGGCGUCACCAAACGAAUCGCUGGUCGGUGAAGCAACAGCUUUUUUGACAUAUGCUACCGACAAGACCACUCUAGUAGAAUCUUUAUCCAUGAUCAACGUUGGUACCCUAGCUAACCUCACCGCCGCAUUAACAUCAAUUGCCUUACAGCCAAAAUACCUGCAAAAAGUCAUGCUUGUAUAUAGUUUACUUGUAGGAGCCAUCACAGCUGCUCCUCAGGAUAACAUGUGGAGGUAUAUGUGGGGGUUGGGUGAUGAAUUGCUCAAAACUGUAUACUUUUCUUCGAAGCAUAUGGGAGGAAGUUGGGAGUCGAAUGCAGAAAAGACUGCAAUCUUGACUUUAUUCGCAAAUCUGGAGUCGGUUAACUCAAAGACGGAUGUCCCUGUCAUGGACCUGUCUGAAAGUGUACAGGUUGCUUUGGGAUUUGUGAAGUCCAGACAACUCAUGAUUCAGCAAAGGGCAACGGAUUUGUCUUUAUUGCUGUUGAAUGUUUGUAGAGCAAGGAAAUGUCUGAACGAGGAAAUACUAGAAUUUGUAGACAAAGUACUUGACAAGACAUCUCCGAAUCAAAAGGAUAGACUCAAUGCUUGGCUCAAAGUCAAUGAUACUCGACCAAAAGCCGAACUUGUAUAUAAAAAGCCCAUAGUUUUAGAUUUCGAUCUGCAUCUGGAAUCUAUGGAAGGUGGCUUUGGGGUCGCUCGCCAACAAUUGUCCACCAAAAUGAAUAGAGAAGUGAAUAGUCAAGUAAAAAGUCAACCUAACACCCAAUCCAAUAAUCCAACAAAUGAAUCUGGACAGUCUCAAGCACCACCCAAUCCAAAUGUAAAUAUCGGCAACACCCCCAUCCCUCAUAGCACAACCUCGGAUACAUCCUUUCCACAAGUUCCAAAGACACUCCCUCCUUACAGACCUCCAUCAAUCAACGGUGCCGAGCUGGAUGCUGUAUUCCACAAUCGACGUCCACUGCCUAAUGGAUUCAGUAUCAACAACAGUCGACCCAAGUCAAAUGGAGUAAAGAAACCCAUAAUCGGAAAGCAUAGCAAACUAUCUCAAAUACGUGCCGAAGUUGGUCAGACCAUCAAACCUGGACAUGGUAAUAUGAAGCCUAAAGGACCUCAUACCACCGUCACAAUCACAUCUAAUCGAUCUCCAUCACCUGAAGAAGACAGUGAUGGAUCUGGUGAAAAGCAAGCGGUAAAACCUAGACGUACAAUGCAACUCAUUGACGAUCAUCAACCAGGAUCUAGAAUACGUAGGGUGCAAGGACUUGAUAAACCCGUUAAACCGCAGCCAUUACGAACUGUCGAAGAAUUGGAUCGCAUCGUCCUCAACUUUAAUACCAGCAAAUUUGAUAUCAACCAAUUACUCGACGAACUACGUGAGAUACCAAUUACCUUUGAGAGUAGUGCUGAGUAUGUAAAUACAUUUGAACGUAUGUUGAUACUUGAGUGUUGGGAACAGUAUCAGCAGACUCUUGCUGAGCAAGAGGAUCAACCUGGCGAAGAAUUUUCUUGUGAUGUACUUGCUGUUAGUCAAGUUGAUGACUUUACUGACAUCCAAUUCAAGCGAACUGGAAAGAUGGCGCCAGACGAGAUUGUACGUCUAGUCAGUGGUGAAACCAAGACUCAGGUUUUAGGUAAAGUCACUGAGAGAAAGAGAGACAAGCAGUCGACAUUGGUGGUUGUCAGGAUUUCGAAUCGCACUGGCGAUGAAUCUCUCGCCAAAUCUUUGAGACCAAAUAGUGUUUGGCAAUGCACUAGAUUGUUCUCUCUCACAACAGCAUAUCGAGAAUACAAGGCCUUGUCUCGACUACCAAUGUAUCCUCUGCGUGGACGUAUAUUGAAGCCAUCCCCACCAGAAGUUUCAUCAGCAUCCGCGCGAUCUGGAUUGCAAAACGCAUUGCAUCUGAAUGCACCUCAGACCGCUGCUGUAGAUGGUGCUUUGAGUACAAGACAGGGAUUUAUCUUGGUUCAAGGACCACCUGGAACUGGAAAGUCUACUACGUUGUUGGGUCUAGUUGGUGCACUGCAACGUCCCAAGAAGAUUCUGAUUUGUACGCCAUCCAAUGCAGCUGCUGACGAGUUGACACGACGAUUGAUGAAGGGCACUUAUGAUACAUAUGGUCGAUUCACUCAAAUGAACCUUCUUCGAGUAGGAGUGACAGACGCAAUUGCGUCUGAUGUUACACCUGUAACUCUAGAAGCCAUGGUAAAUAAUGUCAUGAAGGAUAGAGGUCAAAGCUAUCUUCCAGAAGCUGAGAAGGUACUUCUUGAACGUCAACAAAUGGAACAAGCUGAAGUCAUUGUCAGUACCUUGUCGUUUGCUGGAUUGGAAACUACUUUUCAUCAUGAAUUGAAGUUUACGGAUGUUAUCAUUGACGAAGCGUGUCAGGCUGUUGAAUUGUCAACUUUGAUUCCACUACGCUUUUGUACUCGUCGAGUGUUUCUCUUUGGAGAUCCAAAUCAGUUACCAGCUACUGUCUUGUCCAUGAGUGCCAAGGAGUUUUCAUAUUCUCGCUCAUUGUUUGAGAGAAUGAUGGCGAACUCAUCCCCUCAUCUAUUGAGUAUUCAGUACCGAAUGCAUCCUGAGAUAUCAAGAAUCCCUUCGAUCCUCUUUUAUCAAGGCCAUCUCAAAGAUGCUCCCGAAAUGGCCGAAAAAUGUAAAGCACCAUGGCAUCACGAUCCACUCCUCCCACCGUAUAGAUUCUAUGAUUGUCAUUCAGGACGAGAGGAAAACUCAUCAAACAAGUCCAAAUUUAAUAUGGCUGAAGCUCAAGCCUGUGUUGAUUUGGUGAAACGCUUGUUUAUAUCAGCCCCGAAAGAAAAAUUCAGUGGUAAAAUUGGCAUUAUAUCGUAUUAUUCAUCACAAUUGUCUAAAAUCAAGACUGCAUUGACUCGCGCAUUUGGAACUGAUGCUUUGGGACAUGUUGCUGUUGGUACUGUUGAUUCGUAUCAGGGGCAAGAGAGGGAUGUGAUUAUAUUGUCUUGUGUCAGAGCACAAUCUCGAGGCAUUGGCUUUGUAAGCGAUGCUAAACGUAUCAAUGUGUCUCUUACUCGUGCACGUAAGAGUCUGUUUAUCGUAGGAUCUGGAGAUACGUUACGAAAUGAUGAUAUGUGGAAGAAACUCAUCGAUGACAGUUAUGAAAGGCAUUGUUUUGCCUCCGUAAGUAAUAUCACUAUUCCCAAAACUGUUCAGCCUAAUUGGUGA